AGAGAGGGCGUGGCGUAGCUCACCGGAAGUGAAGGCUGGAGUGGGCGUGGUUAGGAGCUCUCCUAAACAAAACCGUCUGUCAUUACGGUGUAUUUGCUGUGCUGAUUUUGAGGUUAAAUGGUUGUGAUCGGUGUAGAUCGGAGUGCCGUGUCUGAAGUGUCAGAAAUGUCCGCUGCUAGUCAGGCGGAGAGAGCUGUCCUGGAGGAAGAGUUUAACUGGCUCCUAAAAGAGGAGGUUCACGCCGUGUUGAAACAGCUGCAGGACAUUUUGAAGGAAGCUUCGAGACGUUUUUCAGUGCUCACUCCAGGGAUGGAGGGUCAACUCAAACCAGAGAACUUCAUUCUUGGCAGCUCUACCAUGGACCAGGUGAAAGGAGUCCUCACUCUGCAGGGAGACACUCUGACCCAGGCCGAUAUCAAUAUUAAGGUGGCUAAAAGCACUCAAGUCAUGCAUUUCACUUUCCGGGAGGAUAAACAGUGGAAACUACAACAGAUCCAGGAUGCGAGGAACCACGUGAACCAGGCGCUUCAGCUGCUCAGCAGCCGCGAUGAGAGCUAUCACUUCAAAACCGGCGCUGAGGUCAAUAAGCUGAUGGAUGCGGUGAUGAUGCAGUUAACCCGAGCGCGUAAUCGUCUUACCACACCGGCGACCAUGACUCUGCCUGAACUCGCCUCCACUGGAUUAAUGAGAAUGUUCACGCCCCCGAUGCCCGGCGAUGUGAUGGUGAAUUUGUACAUAAAUCUCAGUAAACUCUGCCUGACCGUCUAUCAGCUGCACGUGCUUCAGCCGAACACUACUAAGAACUUUAAACCAGCAGGAAGUUCAGUUAUGCAUAAUCCUGGAGCCAUGUUUGAACUAAACAACACUAAGUUCGAGGUGAACCACGUACACAAAGUGGAGUGUGUGGUGCCGUGGCUGAACGACACACUGGUGUUUUUCACCAUCUCACUGCAGCUCUGCCAGCAGCUCAAAGAUAAGAUUUCUGUGUUCUCCAGCUUCUGGAACUACAGGCCAUUUUAAGCUGACCAAAGAAUUAAAUUUGUACUGUAAGUGCAGAAUUAAAUAUAAAAAUAUAAACUAACUACACAAUAGAAAACACACCAUGUAAUGAAUCCACAUAGAAUUUGCUUUAGGACCAAUGGUUAAUUUCUGUGUGCACAUCAUAACUGGAUAAAUUAAUAUGCAUUCAGGCCAAGUCCUGUCAUGUAAGUGAAAUGGAUGUGAUAAUUAACUUCGAUUUUUGGAUUUGUUAAAUAGUGAAGUAAAAUUCUGUUAUUCCGUUAUUAUUUUUAAGAAAAACUGUGAAAUAUUUUAAUUAUCUGAGAGCUACGAUCAAAAUCUGGUUAGCAGUGUUUUUCUGACGACACUAUUUAGCAUCACGUCAUCAUUCCUAAAACUUGUUUAAUGGUCCAUGAUACAUUUCAUUUAAUCGUAUACACUUUUUUUUUAUACUGUGUUAAUCUGAUAGUUUGACCAAAAACGCAUACAAUUUCCCUCUGACAUGAAUGUAUCUACCAGUCUGCCAAGAUACAUGUAGUGUCUUAAUUUUGCUUGGUGCUACAAAUGGUGUUAUUUGAGGCAAGUGUAUGAUGAUUUAGACAUGUUGGUUGCACAGUGCUGAACUGGAGGCUGUUACUUGUUACCUCCAUCUAGCCUUGUAGCUCCAAAGCAAAAUUAAUGAAGCAAACGUCAGACACCAAACACUUGUUGGCUGAUUGACAUCAUUUUGGGUAAAGGGGACAUUGUAUACCUUUCACUUUGGGCAACUUUUUCUGAUUAUAUAUUUGCAUUAAUAUACACUAUAUGGCCAAAUGUAUGUUCACACCUGUCCAUCACACUUGUCCAUACAGUAUGUGGUUCUUCCCCAAACUGUUGCCACAACAUUGGAGGCACACAAUUGUAUAGAAUGUAUGUUGUAGCAUUACAAUUUCCCUUCACUGGAGCUAAGAGGUCCAAACCUCUUCCAGCAUGACCCUGUGCACAAAGCGAGGUCUAUGAAGACAUGGUUUGCCAAGGUUGGUGUGGAACAGCUCAAAUGGCCUGCACAGAGCCCUGAUCUCAACCCCACUGAACACCUUUGGGGUGAACUAGAAUGUGUGCCAGGCCUCCUCACCCAACAUCAGCUGUCCCAGAAGAGUGAAGGAGGACUAAAUCUUGAAUGGGAUGUUCAACAAGCACAUACUGGCGUGAUUGGUCAGGUGCCCACAUCCUUUUGGCCAUAUAGUGUUAGUGGCACACUACAUGACCAGUUUAGCUACAAAGCAAUCAUUAUUGCACUUAUACAUUCCAUGUAUUCCAUGUUGGAUCUGUUUUGUUUAUCUUCCUCAUAUAAUGCAAGCCAUGCUUUCUUUGUUAAAUUAUUCUUAUGUCUUAUUUAUUCAAAUGAUAUAUGAACUUGGUAUACUCUGUGUAUUGAUCAUUUUGACUAUUUCAGCAGACAACAAGAUGUUUUUCCUCUACAUAUUGAUUAAUGUUGACUCUAAUAACUGUGCAAUAAAUGUGUUGAAGUCUA